AUGCAACCAGUCAUAGUUCGGGGUACUCGAACGGCCGAGGCCGGCUUUGACCGCUCGACCGGGAUCGCGCUUAAAUGGAAUCUUCUGACCGUUCGAAACCCUGGUGUCGGAAGUGAACGUGGUCCGACACCAGUCUCAGUCACUAUAUUUCUAGCCUCUAUCAACAUGGUUGAACAUCCUUCCUUUACACUUGCCGCUCUCCUUCCUGCUGGGGGUGUUUUGGGGUAUUUAAAGACACGCUCAGCACCAUCAUUGAUCAGCGGCCACACCAUUUGGGGCGCAUUUUCUUGCGCCGAGCUAACCGAAUUGUUGGGCUAUCUGAUCAAAGAAAACAGGGACUACGAAACCGAGUUGGCCCUGGUAGACAGUGUAAUCUUGCUGGCUUCCGCAAUCCCUAGAAUCAUCAAUACGCAAGCCAAGUCCCCCGUACCCAUUAUUCUCGGAGUCACCGGGUCUUUGGCAACUUUCUACUACCAGAAAAAAGUCCGGAUGUUCCGAUUCGGAGUCUGA